AACCACAAAUCGUCACUGAGAAGCACAGUUGGACAAGCCCGCACGUGCAACACGGCUGUGGGAGAUGUGUCUGAGUUCCUAUUGCACCCAUGCAUUGUCAUUGUUGCGUUGCGCUUACCCUUCGAGUAGAGCUGUCGCCUCGACGCUGAUUGGCCGAGGCGCCUGACCAAACGUCACAUGGCUGUUAGCCCAACCUAACUUGUACCUCAACAUUUCUACACAUACUGCUUCCAGACUACAUGACAUUCGCGACGACCACGAUAUGCUGGCAAAAUGUAUGAGCCUGUCUCAUGCGUUCCAACGGGCGUACAUAUUGGGCGUGCCAGGUUCCUGAGCUCCCCAUCGCCCAUAGUCAAACACUGGCGCUGCGACCUUACAGCUCUCUCACACGUUUAUAAUCUCUACUUUGUUGCCUGCAAUGAGGAAAUCUACGUAUACUCUCCUUUGUUUCCCUCUCAAAAUCUCGGCGACCCGGUCAAAACUAUCAAAGUACCGAAAACAGGGCUUCCGACUCCGCCAGGUAUCGACACUGAGCACGCGCACAGUAUUACGAGAAUAUGUGUGGACUAUUUAGGUAAUACAGAGGUGCUGUUGGUUACGUGUGAUGAUGGGGAUGUGGUGGUGUGGAGGGUUGGGGAGAUCAACCGUGCGAUUACCAGUCUGGAAGAUUCUCCGGGCAGAGAUGAUGAAAAUGACAUGGAGCAACAUAUUUUACCCUUGCAGCACAUCAACGUAGGCAGCAGCGCGUGGGGCCUUGCCGUCCAUCGAAACGCACGGCUUAUUGCGAUUAGCGCAAAUACCCACCUCGUAACCGUUGUGGCUUAUGGCCUGUCGCAACCCGAAGGCGGCCAGAACGAAUUUGCCUUUCCACGAGAUCAGAACCAAACUAUUACUUUGCGUUCUCAAACGAACAUUCCUGCUGUAUCUUUCGACAACACUGGCGGAGAUCCGACGGGCAGAUGGCUUGCUUCCAGCAGCAUCGAUGGACUUACACACUUAUGGGACCUUAGCAGACCAUAUCAGCCUGCCAGGGUCAUAGCAGUACGCCACUGCGUGAGUGUAUCCAAUGCACCUGACCUGCGGGUUCUUCUAGGAUACACGAUCGAGGGACCAAUUAUCCCAAAGUCUUGCAGAUGUUCUAACAGGAAUCAAGUGCCACAUGCAGCCUGGGCAGCCAUGUUCAUAGACCCACGAGCAUGUCACCACGUUGAUUCGCUUGCAGAGGUAUGCGGAUUUGAAGUCGAUGCUCAAGCAUCUGUGUCUUUCCGCAAUUCCCAGUUUUGGGAUAUUACGGACGAUACAAACCGUUUUGGGUCAGGCAGAAAAGAAACUACUCCCGCUUGGUCUUUUGGUCCGUCGUGGGCUACGUGGGCUACAGAAGAAACGCCGCUUGUCUCAGCAGUUCCCACAGCAGAAAAUCCGGAUGAUAACCAGAGUGCUAGUAGUGAAGGGUCGGGGCAGAUGUCCAUCGACUUUCCGUCUGACGACGAAGCCAUGCACACACUUGCAUCAGCAAUGGUCGAGGCAGUUGAUCAGCUCGUGGCGCAACAAGAGCAGUUCGUAGCGAACGAAGAAGAACCUGAGGCCGACCUCUUCGCGACUCCCCACUCGUCUACUGAAGAUCAAAUAACUCUUCCUCCACCUUCACCUUCGACUGGCCUUGCAGCAUCUCAUGAAGCGUCACAGAGCGGCGAAGAAGAUGAUGUGUCAACCUCAGAAGAUGAAGUGGGCGACAUCAGCUCGAACCAGGCAAAGAAGCCAUAUUGUGCUUUCGCAACUUCAAAUCAUCAUAAGGAACACUCAGCUGAGCUCCCCACACACCAACACCGACCCAUAAUCAUCGUCACAAAAGAAGAAAUAUACCUCUUCCAACGGCCCCUCGACCCGAUGACAAGCUCAUCUUUCCCGAUUCUUACAAUGCAGAACCCCCUCUAUCCGCCACAUUCCUACCAUCAUACCAUUGCCGACCCUGUAACCAUCUACCACCGGCAGUGCUUCACCGCGCAGAUCCCCGAACUCGGCGUCUUUAUGAUCGGCUCGCCGGCGGGUCGCGUAGGCAUAUUUCGACUCACCAGGUCACGGUACCAGACCGAGCAUAGCAACAAAAUAGUUGGCUUCCGGCUAGAUCACUUACUGCCCUCGUCGAAGGAUGAAGUGAAGUAUGGCCUUCUCGAUCAAUUGGGAAAACAGUUGGUUGGGGUUGCGGUGGGUCCGGUGCAGGGUAUGUUUGAUGCGGAGGAAGCGGGUGAAGAGGGGAGGAAUGUGGGUACAAGGCGGUGGAGGAUGAUGAUGUAUUAUCACGAUCAUACAGUUCUUACUUACGAGCUGGGAAAGUAUGGUGGGGCUGACGAUGUGAGGGUGGAUGAGUUGAUGGUGUAGUAUGGAGGGCAGGGAUACACGAUUAUUCAUGAAAAGUGCACACAAUAGUGGAACACUCUCAGGUAACGCCUCAAAGUUUACACCAAACUCACCGUG